AUGAUUCUGAUAAACAUAACCACAGUGCGUGGCUUCCUCCUCCUGGGAUUCUCUGACAACCAGGAGCUGCAGAUCCUACACGGUUUUCUCUUCUUGGUGAUGUAUCUGCUGGGCUUGGCAGGUAACUUCAUCAUCAUCACCAUCACAAUGAUGAAACUGCAGUUCCAAUCGCCAAUGUAUUACUUCCUGAGGCACCUUGCCCUUCUUGACAUCUCCUUACUUUCUGUCACUGUCCCCCAGUCUAUCCACAAUUCCCUGACAGGCAGUGGCUGCAUUUCCUAUGCUCAGUGUGUGCUACAGGUUUUCUUCUUCACAUCUUUGGAUUCUGCUGAGUUGGCCAUUCUCACAGUGAUGUCCUAUGACCACUAUGUGGCCAUCUGCCUCCCACUGCACUAUGAAAUCAUAAUGAGAACAAGCAGGUGGGCUGUGACAGCUCUGUGGAUAAGUGGAGGUAUCUCAGGAACUUUGUACACAGCAACAACAUUCUCUAUGAGAUUCUGUAGGGACAAAAUCAUCCAACAAUUCUUCUGUGAUGUUCCACAAUUGCUCAAACUCUCCUGUUCCAGUGAUUACCUUGGAGUGAUUGGUGUGGUUGCUCUUAUGUCUUCAUUGGGGUUUGCCUGCUUCAUCGCCAUAGCCCUCUCCUAUGUCCAGAUAUUCUCCACAGUCCUCAGGGUGCCCUCUGCUGAAGGUAGGUCUAAGGUCUUCUCUACCUGCCUGCCCCACCUCUGUGUGGUCUCAUUUUUCACAUCCACAGGUGCCUGUGCAUAUCUCAAGCCAACCUCAGACUCUCCAACUACUCUAGACCUCAUCAUCUCCAUCUUUUACACAGUACUACCCCCGACACUCAACCCUGUUAUCUACAGUCUGAGGAAUGAGACCAUGAAGGGGGCUGUGAAGUUGAUUUUAGGUUCAUGCACGAUUUCUAAUCAUAAAUCGAUGAUAAGAAAUGUAACUACAAUGAGUAGCUUCCUCCUCCUGGGGUUCUCUGACAAGCAAGAGCUACAGAUCCUACACACUUUGCUCUUCUUGGUGAUGUGCCUGUUAUGUUUGGCAGUGUUCCACAGUCUGCUCAAGCUCUCCUGUUCCAAUGAUUACCUUGGAGUGAUUGGAGUGGUUUCCUACAUUGCUGUGCUGGUACCUGCCUGCUUCAUCACCAUUGCCCUCUCCUAUGUCCAGAUAUUCUCCACAGUCCUCAGGAUGCCCUCUGCGACAGGAACCUGUGCAUAUCUCAAGGCAACUUUGGACUCUACAAAUGUCUUAGACCUCACCAUCUCUGUUUUAUACAGUACUACCCCCAACACUCAACCCUGUUAUCUACAGUCUGAGGAAUAA